AUGUUGACAUGCAUCCUGUUCUUGAGACUGUAUCUUCCUGCUCUUGCCCCCAGUUAUCUGGCAAUCUGUUUGUACAUAUUCGUCAAGUUGAUAGUUAAUCUCUUCGGUGGCAUAGACUCGACAAUGGGGGCGCUUUCCGAUCAAAGCACUGCACUCAGACAACCUCCAUGCUGCUGUUGUUGUUUUUGUCUGCCAGUGGCAUCCAACCUGGGCCUCCCAUCGAACAUUGCCAAAGUCUUAUCAACCUUGAUAGCUAUCUACAGCAUCUCAGUCCUCUUUAUGAUGUCACAGGCUCUCUUGAGUAGCUUCUAUGUCUUACCCCAGUUCGCCCUACUAAGGAUCGUCGUUGUACUCGUGAAUGGCCAAGCAGUUGCCCUGACGAUGAUCAUCCGCUUUGGAGAGAUCCAGUGCCUGGUGCCUCUGACGUGCGAUACAUACUUGAUUUUAACAAUUAUUCGGAAUCUACUACUAAUCUUGGAGAUGUUUCCACUCAUGGUAACAUGCAGGAUCGUGAUUGGAAGGUGGAUCCGGGCCGGAACGCAAAACCAACACUACGAGGACAGCAGGAACCAGAACGGUAGUGACGACCGCAAUAUGGCGGCCAAUAACAAUGACAAUGACAGGGGACUGGAAAUUAAGUCGAUUUCGCAAGUUGCUCUAACCGUGUUUUCUUCGGAGCAUUAG